UUAUCCUCAGGUCUCCAGGCUGAAGGAGAACUCACCUUAACAGAGUCUGUCAGGUUGGUGGGAGGAGCCAGUCGCUGUGCAGGAACACUGGAGGUGAAACAUAAAGGAGAAUGGAGACCAGUGAGAUACAACUAUAACUCUGGCUGGAGCCUGAAGGCAGCAGCUGCUGCCUGCAGAGAGUCAGACUGUGGCUCUGCUGUUUCUGUAGAGAGAGAAAAGUCCUCAGGCAGAUCUGUGUGGUGGAUCAGGUCUGUCUGUGUUGAGUCUGGAUCUGCUCUGAGGGAGUUUGCUGCAUCAGAUUCCUCUUCCUCCUUCCUUCAUCUCACCUGCUCAGACUCUGUCAGGCUGGUGAAUGGGACCAGUCUGUGCUCAGGCAGACUGGAGGUGAAGACUAACCAGUCUAUCCAGCGCUGGUCUUCAGUGUGUGAAGAUGACUUUGACCAGCAGGAUGCAGAGGUGGUCUGUAGGGAGCUUGGCUGUGGGGCUCCUUCAGUCCUCCAGGGGGAGCUCUAUGGAGAAGUGGUGCCUCCAAUGAGGACCAAGGAGUUCCAGUGUGGAGGCCAUGAGUCUGCUCUCCUGGACUGUAGAAGCUCAGGCUCAGAUAGAAACACCUGCUCACCUGGAAAAGCUGUUGGACUCACCUGCUCAGAGCCUGAUGCUGUCAGGUUGGUGGGAGGAGCCAGUCGCUGUGCAGGAACACUGGAGGUGAAACAUAAAGGAGAAUGGAGACCAGUGAGUUACUACUCUGACUGGACCCUGAAGACAGCAGCUGCUGCCUGCAGAGAGUUAGACUGUGGCUCUGCUGUUUCUGUAGAGAGAGAAGAGUCCUCAGUCAGAUCUGUGUGGAGGAUCUGGUCUGACUGUGUUGAGGAUGGAUCUACUCUGAGGGAGUGUGCAAGAUCAGAUUCAUUAUAUCCCUCUUCCUCCUUCCUUCAUCUCACCUGCUCAGACCUGCUGCUUCAGCCCAACAUCUCUGUGUCCUCCUCCAUGGUCGGGGUCUCCGAGGUGGACCAGCAGGAGGUGUUCCAGGUGUUCUGGGGCUCCAACUUCACCAUCAGCUGCUCCAUCCAGCCACAGUACCCAGGAGGCUCCUUCCAGCUCACCUUCACCUCCUCCAACUCAACACACAACUACACCCAGCCAGCUGUCAAUCACUCUGCCCACUUCCUGUUUCCUGCUGCAGAGCCCGCCCACCAAGGAAGCUACAGCUGUGUUUAUCACCUCUAUGUUUUCUCUCAUAACUUCUCCUCUGAGAGCCGUGUGCUCUCUCUCAGCGUCAUGGAUCCGAGGCCUUUAAUCAUCAGAGCGAUCCUCCUGCCGCUGAUUCUGCUGGUGGAGAACAUUGCCCUUUACUUCUACUGUAGGGCCAACAGGGGGCAGCUGCCGUGCAGACAGAAGAACAUUGAUCUCCAGGCCAACAGGGGGCAGCUGCCGUGCAGACAGAACAACAUUGAGCUGGAUUAUUAUAACCUGGGUGUCCCUGCAGCUGAAGGAGGGCUGACUGAAGAGGAAGGAGCUCAGGGAGCUGAGUAGCACCUCCAAGGAGCUCAUCUCACAUCCACAUGGAGGUUAAGCAUUUAUGCACCUUUUUAUCCCCACAUGGAAUAAUUCCCAUUUAUUUACCCUUACAAAACUUAAAUUCAUUUUGAAUGGCACAUGCUGGGUAAUUGUGUACAAAAUCCGGGGUCUCUGGGGCCAAUCUGUGAGGAAAAAUGAGUUUUAAAAAGUAAAUUUUACUGACAAGCAUUAUUCUUCCCAAAUGUCCAGAACCUGUUUUAGGGACCCGGUAGGGGUCCUUAGGAUGGACCCAGGACCACCAGAAUUGGGUCAUAUAUUCUACAGAACUCCUUGAUUUGGAAAAGGUUCCAACUCAUUUUUCAAUUUUUUUAUUUUCACUGAAACCUCCUGGUAUUCCCAACAUUUUUAAAGAGCUUUGCCAUUCACAAGCGCAAUUAGAGGGUAACUACCGUUUUUCAACCUGGACCCUAUUUUCCUAUAUUCUUGUGUCUAAGUGAC